AUGCAUAAAAACUAUUCCAAAUAUUACACUGAAUUUGAGCGACCACCGUUUGCACCAACAUUCUAUCCAACGGAGGAAGAAUUUGCCGAUCCAAUCUCAUAUGUGGCAAAGAUUAAACUUGAAGCGGAGAAGUAUGGUGUGAUAAAAGUCAAACCUCCUCCUUCAUUUCGACCACCUUUCGCCAUCGAUAGUGAAAAAUUUAACUUUACACCACGCAUUCAAAAGCUGAAUCAAAUUGAUGCAUUAACACGGGCAAGACUGAUAUUCGAUGCACAGUUGGCCAGUUAUUGGCAUAUGCAGGGACAUACAUUUGAAGUUCCAAAUAUUGACAACAAAUAUGUCGAUUUUUACGAUCUUUACAAGGCUGUAAUGGAAAUCGGAGGCGUUGAUGCUGUAAAUACUCAGAAGCGAUGGGGUUAUAUAACAAAAAAACUUGGAUUCAAACAGCAACGUGCUAAUAAAAUCAAAAUUCUUUAUUUCAAAUGGAUUGACGUUUUUCAAAAACUUAUUAAUGAGAAUGGAGACGAUGAAGAAAAUAAAAAUGACGGUUGCAGCAGCACAACGGACGGUACUGAAAAUGGGCACGCAGAAUAUGGAAGAAGAGGAACCCCUCAACCAAGAACAAAGUCAAUGGCUGGACUUCGUUUUCAUGCGAAGGAGAAGAAGACAAGAACAUCAGAUCCGAUGGAUGAAGUUGUAUGCAGAAAAUGCGGAAAGGGUGAUGAUGAGGAGCAUUUGUUGAUGUGCGAGGAUUGCGAUUAUGCAUUGCACACUUACUGUUGUUCACCGCCACUGCCAAGUGUCCCGCGAUCUGAAUGGCGUUGCCGUCGAUGUUUGUUGGCUUCAAUCAAAGAGAUUGCAGAAAGCUAUGCAUUUCACGAUGCACAUACCAGCUAUAACUUGCUUACAUUUGCUAAAUAUGCAAAUGAUUGGAAGCAAAACCAUUUUCAUAAAGAUCCGCUGGAAGUGCCUUGUGAAGAAGUCGAGCAAGAAUUCUGGAAAAAUGUAAUUGAUCUCGAAAAUACUGUAGUUGUAAAGUAUGGUGCAGAUCUUGCAGUCACUAAGGUAGGCAGUGGUUUUCCAAUGAAUGGGCGUGAUUUCGGAGGAAAAAUAGAUCCCAAGGAACGCGAACAUUAUGCAAAUCAUCCAUGGAACCUCAACAAUCUGCCGAUAUUGAAAGAUUCUGUUCUGAGCCAUAUGGAAACUGGAAUAUCCGGUAUGAUGGUACCGUGGGUUUAUGUAGGUAUGUGUCUGAGUGCUUUUUGUUGGCAUACGGAGGAUCAUUGGACCUACAGCGUCAACUAUUUGCACUGGGGUGAGCGUAAGAUCUGGUAUGGUGUUUCUGGCGAUGAAGGCGAGCAAUUCGACAAAGUAAUGAUGGAGCUUGUUCCAUAUUUAUUUGAACGCCAACCUGAUGUUUUGCAUCACAUGACAACAACAAUGAAUCCUCAAAUUCUUAUAAACAAGGGUAUUCACGUUUAUACAGUUCAUCAGGAGCCAGGCGAAUUUGUGAUAACGUUUCCACGUUCCUAUCAUGCAGGAUAUAACGAGGGACUGAAUUUUGCAGAAGCUGUGAAUUUUGCGCCUGCAGAUUGGCUGCGCAAAGGUCGUUUCUGUAUCCUGGAGUAUGCUCGUGUUCAUCGUAAUUGCGUUUUUUCACACGAGGAACUGAUGGUAAAAAUGGCAAAGUGUGCUACGGAGCUGAGUGUAAACGUUGGUGAGGCUGUACAAGAGGAACUGUAUGAAAUUGUUGUACGAGAAAAACAUCUUCGAGAAAAUAUUACUAAUAAAGGCGUCACUGAAUCGGCACGUGUUGAAUAUGAACAUAUUCCUGACGAUUUUCGCUCUUGUACUGUUUGCAAGACAACAUUGUUUAUGUCAUCACUCACCUGCAAACACAAAAGACUUGUAUGUUUGGAGCAUAUAGAUCGUAUCUGUUCAGUGUGCCAAACGACAGAUCUUACUUUCAAUUACCGUUACACUGCACAAGAACUAAAUUACAUGUGUAAAAUGCUGUCAUAUGGAAUCUGUGACUAUACUACCUGGAGAUCCAAACUUUUGUCAGCGAUCAACACAAAAAAUGGUGAUGUUAAGCCGACAAUAGACGACUUUCGUGUUUUGGUUAGUGUUUCAAAAGCGCGACACUUCCCACAAUGUGAUGCUACUGAUGAGGCCAUGAAUAUUAUAAAACGUGCUGAGAAUAUCAUGCAGAGUGCGCGUGCACUGAUGAGUCGUCGUAUACGUACAAGAAACAACUUACGAAAGCAUGCAAAUGAAUGUCCAGCCGAUAUUAAAGAUAUUGAGAAACUAGAACAAUCGAUCGAGGAACUCCCGUGUACUAUACUUAAUUUAGAAUUCAUCGUUAAGAAUUAUGUGAAACGUCUUGGGGAUUGGCGUAAGCGCUGUUCGCAGUUUUUGAUAAGUGCCAUAGAUUACACUGACAAAUACGAUCAUUACAUCGAUUUAGUGAAUAAACUAAUUGAAGAAGCUGAUGAUUUCAAUGUUAAUCUGACGGAGAUCGAUGACUUGGAGAGAAUGCUAGAGAAGUGCCAAUGGCUACAGUGUGCGCAUAAAAUAUUGGCUUGGACAUCCGAAAAUAAACCACCUAGCAAAUCGGGAAGUCAAAAUACUGUUGGACAUGACCAGGCAAAAGGAAGAUGGAAACUUAAAGAAUUAAUGGAAUUAAUCGAAAAGGGACGAGCAAUCGCGGAUGACGAUAUCAAAUUUCAGACUGAAGUUGACGCUUUAAACGUGGUGUUAAAAAUUGGUCACCAGAAUGAAUAUGUAGCGCAAGUUUUCUUGCGAGAUACAAGAAACGAAGGAAUAGGAAUGGAAGAGGCUGAGAAAAUGCGUGCUUCAUUGGAAGUCUCCGAAUGGAUGACAGAAGAAUACAUCGAUAAAUUCAGAAAUGAAUAUAAGUUCGCUCGAAAUCUUUACGAUACUGCUCGACGUUUAAGAGGAAACAAGAGUUACACGCUGAAAUCUUUAAGUGAUUUGCUUUUCAAAAUCGAAAAAUCCUUCAUUUUGAAAAAUUCAAUAAUGAAUUCGGAUAUGAAAAGACUCUAUGAUUGCGUUGAAUGUUUUUGUCGACGUGUUGGCCAAAUGUUUGCAUCAUCUCCAUCUUAUUACAGUAUUGUCGAGAUAUUGGAUGGUCGAGAUGAUUUAACGGGAUUAAUCGAAGGUGUUGCAACGCCACUUAUCCUGGUAGACUCACUUUCACUCCGUGGCAAUUGGGCAUAUAUUGAAGAUUUCGAAUCUGUCGAGCAGCUUACUCAUCAUGUCAAUUCACUUUAUGAGCAGCAGCGCAGAUUAAUAGUAACUUUGCGAAAAUCAAAUGAAAUCCGUUCAAUCGACGAAAUGUGUUUGUGUGGUAGGGCAAAGGAAGAGGAUAAUUCUGUUAUUCGUUGCCUACUUUGUCACGCCAAAUUUCAUUCAAAUUGCGUGCAAUGGAAUCCGUUCAUGUCACAGCUUCCGGUAGGCUAUUAUCUUUGUGUACGAUGCUUGCGUAGUCUCCGUCCUUUUGCUGAAGACGUGAAAGCUGCAUGUGGGACUGCUCUACCGUCUUUGGAACGUUUGCUGGUUGAAACCGCUUUAAAACAUGCUGAAUUGGCUUAUGCAGAAGCUUUAGACGUUGUCGGCAAACUACCACCUCUCGGUACUCCUCUUGAUGCGGAACUAUGUAAAAGUGUUGAUGAGUCUCUGAUUGCGGUUUUCUGUAACGAGAUAAUGAAUUCGGAAGCAUGGAAAUUGAUUACUAAUGCACUCAUUCGAGUGAAGCCGCCUACUGAAGAGGACAAAGAGAUUUAUCAGCAGAUCAAGCAACGACCAAUUUCGACACAGAUUCCAAAUGUUCUGUUUCCUGAUAAUAGUGGUAGUAAAAGAGUAGUAAAAGAAAGACGUCGAGGUUUGAAGCGAAGCAUAUCAGGAAAUGGCAAAUUUAUGGCAGGACAUCGAAAACGUUCCAAGAAUGAUUUUCAUCAAGAACAGGACAUUUGUUCUGCUGCCACCUGCCUGCAGCCUUACAGUGAUCACAUUCGUUGGAUUCAGUGUGAAGCAGGUUGUUCACGAUGGUAUCAUUAUGUUUGUGUUGGACAGACGGUGAACCGAGUAGACCAGACAUCGUUGUAUUGUUGCCAUCGUUGUUUGGCGAUCCCACCGGUGUGUUCAUCCUCUGAUCCAUCUACUUCAUGUUCUCCUUAA